AGCUGAUAGUUAACUUUUCCUUCUCCCUGCAAUCCAUCCAGCUGACAUGGCGGAGGAGGAGGGGCAGGAGGUAAUCUUCACUGAGAACACUGCUCCUGACAGAGAGAUCUGGGAUGAGAAGGGUGGCCUCAUCAAGAAGGGUGCCGCUGAGAUUGCAGAGAGGGACCAAGACCACGUCCCAGAAGUAAAGGUGCUGACGACACUGGGCAUGUUUGCAGUCCCUGUCACGGCCGAGACCACCAUCGGAGAAGUCCGGCAGAAAGUGCAAGAAUGGAAGCCGGAGUAUUCGCUGGAGCAGAUCGAGCUGGUGUGCAAAGACAAGGAUGCUUGGGGCCCUCUCUUCAACAAAACAUCGCGCCCGCGGGAUGACGACGAGACCGUUGAGUCCCUGUGGAGUGACUGGGACAUCCCGCGGCGCAUGAUGCAGGUGGCGCUGUGGAUCAAGGAGAAGAACGAGGAGACCGGAGAGUGGGAGAGCACUUUCUGGAAGAUGCUCGAGGAGUCCAAGUGUGAUGAUUGGAGCUUCCAGGGGCAUACGAUCUAGGUGCUGGAGUAGCACCGGUGCUGGAGGCUCAUCCUAGGUAGGACUUUAUGGGCCUGGGCCCUUCUUCCUUGAAAUCGGCGAUGUGACAAAAUAGUCGUGCUCAUGCAUGGAUGCAGCAAUACUCAGCAUGUGCAUGCAAUGCAGGCGGGGGUGGCAGCAGGUCUAGACAGCAUGUGGGUGCACAUCAUGCAAAAUCAGCAGAGGUUUGCUUUUGCCAUGGCAUGAUCUAUGAUGAGAUAUGUGCUUAAGCUGUUCAGGCUCAGCGUAGAACAGUCUUUGCCGACCAUUAAAGCAUGGCGGAGGAGGAGGGGCAGGAGGUAAUCUUCACUGAGAACACUGCUCCUGACAGAGAGAUCUGGGAUGAGAAGGGUGGCCUCAUCAAGAAGGGUGCCGCUGAGAUUGCAGAGAGGGACCAAGACCACGUCCCAGAAGUGAAGGUGCUGACGACACUGGGCAUGUUUGCAGUCCCUGUCACGGCCGAGACCACCAUCGGAGAAAUCCGGCAGAAGGUGCAGGAAUGGAAGCCGGAGUACUCGCUGGAGCAGAUCGAGCUGGUGUGCAAAGACAAGGAUGCUUGGGGCCCUCUCUUCAACAAAACAUCGCGCCCGCGGGAUGACGACGAGACCGUUGAGUCCCUGUGGAGUGACUGGGACAUCCCGCGGCGCAUGAUGCAGGUGGCGCUGUGGAUCAAGGAGAAGAACGAGGAGACCGGAGAGUGGGAGAGCACUUUCUGGAAGAUGCUCGAGGAGUCCAAGUGUGAUGAUUGGAGCUUCCAGGGGCACACCAUUUAGGAAGCUUCGUGCGUGCACUUGCCCGUGGUUCAUGGUGCAAGGCGCUCUAGGAGAGGAUACCUCGCUACAGAGAGGCUAGGAUUUUGCACGUUUGGCAAUGCCCACCUGGCAUGGUGCGCAGUUCUUC